AUGGACGGUUCGACGUCGGCGUCGGCGUCGUCGGCGUCAUCGUCGCUGCGGGCUCGUGCUCGACUCGGCCCCAAAGCCGAAGCAGCUGGCGGUGUCGGCGUCGGUGCCACCCCUCUGCUUGGUCCCGGCGGUGCGACGGCCUCAUCUUCAUCUACGUCGAACUCAAUCUCAUCUGCAAACCCGCCUCGGUUCACCCAGCCACUCCCCAAGUCAACGGCGGCCUCGGACCGGCUGCGCCUGCACUCGCACCGCAGCCAAGACGAAGACGCCUUGCCGGCGCUAUCGCUGCUGCUCAUCAUCACCUCGUGGGCCUCGUCCCUCUGCCGUCGCUUGUUCGCCUCGUUCGGGUGGUUCAUCUCGUCCUACCAGAUCCCGGCCUUGCUCGUCUCCGGCCUCCUCAUCUGCUCGCUGCUCUGUCCGGCCCUGCUCCUCUACUUCUCGCCGACCGGUCCGGUCCCGCUUGCGAGCUCCCCGAUCGCACGCCGAGGUCGCGGAGAAUUCGUCUGGGAAUUGGAAGGCCUGCGACGCCAGGGCAUCAUCGCGAGCGAGGACGAGGUGUGCUGGGACCGCUUCGUGCGCUACUACCAAUGGAGGAACGUCGAGGCCAAGAUCGUGCGUAUGGAACAGCUGCUCGUCUCGUCCGUCGAUCGCGAAGCUGGGGCUGGCUCCGCUCAGGGAGGUCCGGGGGUCGGGCUCCGGAGGUCGAGCAGUGCCGGCGCCGGCGUCGGCGCAUUGACCAAAGCGACACUGCACAGGGCCAUGCAGCUGCAAAACGAGUUGGAACGAAGGCUACUAGACGGCCAGGUCCCCGGUUUGAGCUGCAUUCGAGACCACCGAGGGCGUUGCGCCGUCGCCAGCCCCGUCGAGUGGUGGGACUCGGAACAGGCAUUGUUGGCCGAUCCGGAUGUGCACAACACCAUCUCGGGACCGAGCCCAAAUGUCGACAUGCUCAAGAACCUCGAAUCUAAUCAACAAGCUAGGAUGGUUCCACUCACCAAUCCCAACACCCUCGUGGGCAUCGGAAGGAAUCGCAAGGUGAAUGCUGUUCUGAAGGUCGGCGGGCGAGAUCCGAGUUAGCUGACAGGGGACAAGUGGCCGCUGCACAGGGCUUGGCCAAACAUGCGCACCACCUUGCCAUCACCUUCUAUCUCGAAGACGCAUCGAACCAUUCCUCGGCCGAAUCCCCUCUGACCUUGCAAGGUGUCGGGUCGGUCGCGGAGGAAAAAGCAAGGUCCCGGGCUCGAGCGACGUGGAAGCGCGCCGUGGGCGACGUUGUAGGUGGCAAAGGGUGGAAGACGAACAGAGAGCAAGUCGGUAUCGUUGUCGAAGGUAAAGGGCCGGGCAAGCGGGUGACGCUCAAGGUGAGCCUCAACUCGGUGACUUGCAGAUUGGGCCGCAGCUCGACACUGACACGGUAGUGACGUAACCCAUAGCAUUUGCCUCGCUUGAGCGUCCCAGAAAAUCCCCGUCUUUUGGAGGAUAUCAUUUACGCCUUGUCCUACCUCGCCGUCUUCAUCUACGUCACCCGCGCCAUCCGCCGGCUUCCCCAGGUCAACUCCCCGAGCGGUCUGAUCCUGACUGGCACGGUCGAGUUGACGGCAUCGGGGAUCAUGUCGCUUUCCGUGUGCUGGUUGUUCAACUGGUCGUUUGCUCUUGUUCCGUGGAAUUUGUGCGCGUUCCUCGUUCUCGUCUGUGGCGUCGACAACAUGCUGCUGUGGACGCAUGCCGUCGCUAAAACCAACAUCCGACUGUCGGUGCCGGAGAGGAUCGCCGCGGCCUUGGCCGAAGAGGGUCCAGCUGCAUCGAUGGUACUGGCAUACGAGUUGAGUAUCUGCGCGUUGAUGCGAUACUUUAUCAACAUUCAGGUCAGUUACACCUUGUUACCGGACCGUCUGAACGCUCUGCUCACGACGUUGCGGAUUGACAGGUUAUGAGAGAGAUCAUCCUCGUCAUCAUCGUCGUCCUCAUCGUCGACUUUUUCCUCGAGCUCACUUUCUUCGCGACCAUCUUGAGCAUCGAUCUGCAGCGGCUCGAGCUCGCAGACUUGCUGCGCGGCACACUGUCGUCUGCUCGGCAACAGCCGCCGACCCCUUCCGAGGCGGGCGACCACGAGGUGCAUGCCUUUGCGUCCAAAGAUGCCGCACACGCGCCUCACGGUAUGUUUGCGAAGGCGUUUGCACGGGCAAAGAGGACCGUCUUGGAUCGACCUGCCGCGAUGACGACCUUCUUGUUGCUGUUUCUCAUUGACUUCAAUCUCUACCUCUUGUGAGUCGUUCGCUGAUGUAAGGAAUGGAGCCGAGACUAAUCCCCCAUCCUGAUUAUCUCCAGCUAUGGACCCGACCACUUCCUCCCGGCGUUCUGUUCCGAGACGGCAUUGGCUUCCCAUCGCCCGCUUUUGGCCCCAUCUCUUUCGAGGGAGAUUGCGCGCUCGCUCCAACUCGGUCAACGAGGCGAAACGUCGCGGCUCGGAGAAGUGGUGCCUGAAGCUGGGGCGGCCUUUUGGCGCCUGAUCAACCCCGCCAACGCAAGCUCGGCAAUCCACGUCUACGUUGAGCCGGCUUCGAUCGUGCGCUUCUUCGACGAUGGGAUGGUCGCACCUGAGAGCGCGUCCAUCGCUGGCGCGGCGAUUGUGUCGACCCCAUGGUGGAUCACCGCUGGCAUCGUCAUUGCGCCGAUCGCGGUAACGCUGAUGGUGCUCUACCUCUUGCUGCUCUACUUGCUCAAGGACGCCGAACUGCUCCAGAUCCAACGCUUGAUCUCGAAACAGCAGAGGCAAGAACGGAAAGAGGCGGGGCGCUUGUUGAAAAAGGCAGUACCAGAAGCCAAUGUCUCUGUGACCACCCUACACACCGGGCUCGAUGCAUCCGACAUCGAGCUCGUUGCUUCUAGUGCGGACGCGAUCGUCACCUGGUCUGCUCUAGAGGAACGAGUCUACCUAUGGCGGUCGGUGAAGCAAUCACCGACGACGACCACAAGCUUCCUCGAGAUCCCUCUCGCUGCGGAACCCCCGUCACUCGUCGCCCUCGCUCUUGACUCCACCACGAGGUUCUGCGCCGCCGCGACCAUGACGGGCCGGAUCCUCGUCUGGGAACUUGAGAGGAGACUGUUGAUCGACUUUUCCUCGGCUGAUGGGGACUCGAACGCGGUAUUUGGUCCAGCGACUGGUUUGUUCGCCGCUCCCGCAUCAUCGCCGAAUGAUCUGGGCCAGAGUGCUCCCCCACGCACGAGUCAGGGGUCUGAUAUUCGCUACGCUUUCAUCUCGAUCCACCAGAGCGGAGCUGUGAUCGCUUGGGAUUGUGUCACGCGUCUUUCGACCGUCAUUCUAGGUCCACAACCAGUGCCCGAGACAUCAGAUCUACCCAGUGCGCUGGGUCGUCUGCCCCGCAUUCGACAACUCGUCGUCGCACCACCUCGAGCCAGCUCAGCGACGGCGUGGCCAGUCUUGGCUCAAUUUUUUCCCUCGAGCGGUCAAUUUCAGCUCUUGCGGUCGACGUCCAGAUCGAAAGAUGCUACCGCACCGUGGGAAACGAUCUGGAACGUUCGACUCCCUCAAGAAGGGGACACUGUUACAGCCGUCGCGUUUGGUCGAUUCGAGGUGGGCCUCGGGGCGCUGAAGAUGGUCAGGAACGUGGUCUGCUUAGGCUUUCUCGGCGGAUCUCUCGCGGUUCAUCUUCUACCCGAGGAGUCAGAGAUACCGAGCACCGAUGCUGCGUCCACGCCCGUGGCUCUCCUCACCCUCGAACUCAACGGACCAGUACGUCAGAUCCGGCUCGCUCCUGGCGCCAAGGCGAAUGGUGACAAGUGUGCGCAAUGCGGUCACGCCAUCUCCGACGGCUUCUACGUCGUCGCCUCGACGACCUCGACCGUCUUCGUCGACCGCACUUUUUCACCGCCACCUUCGGGUUGUUCGUCCUGUUCGGGUGUGUUCGGCAUCGCCAGUCGAGCGGCCGUAUCGUCGGCGAUCACACGGAACUCGUCGCAAGGAUCGCUGUACGGCGGGACCGUCUCGGCUAAGCGCACGCCUAAGAAGUCACUUCGACGACCCAGUCAGGCGAGCCUCGAGGCCCGAGAAGCUGCUCUUGCUAUGGGAAGUGGACGAGCAGAGUCGAGGAGGGCCUCGGUGCAGGGCCCUAGACCUAGUUUGCCUUUCGCAGUUGACCUCGCGGACGCCGAGGACACCAAACCCAAGUCAGGCAACGGCUCGUCGAUGGACUCGAGCUCCUCGGAUGGAUUGGCUUUGGCCCUUACGGCUUCGACGGGUGAUACGACGGCCGACACUUCCUCUCCAGGAGCGCAAGACAUUUUCUCUGCUCUGGACGACUCGUCGAUCCCGUCAUCGUCGCCAGCGGAUGUCCCCCUAUUCAAUGCGGCCUCGGGCCUCAGCGUCGACAGCUCGACCCCAGCGACGUGUCGUCUGCAUGCGAUCGAAGCCAGUCGAUGUGCGAACGAUCAGCGAGGAGGGUGGGAUCUCGUCGACCGAUCCGUCAUUGGCUUACGACGGCAGCGGCAGGACGAGUCCUCGGCUUCGACAUUAGGAGUGGGUCCUCUGAGCUGGGCCGUGUGGAGCGUCGGCUUGCAGAUCGGCGCACAAGAAGGCAACAGCGAAUUGGACAGUCUACUCGCUCGAUCCGAAUCGGUAUCAGUUUCGAUGGGCGAAUAUAACGCAUGCAACACCCCUCUUCGACGGGGUAAUCACACCCCCGCGACGCAAAGCUCGACUGCGGCUCAGCUUCGUCGGAAUGUGGACCACGCAACGCCCUCGGUCCGCUUCGAGUCGGAAACGUUAAGAAACCUCCCCUUUUCUCGAGCACGACCUAUAGUGACCAUUUUCGGCGAUGGAGCGUUGGCGGUUGGGCUGGCGAACCAAGUGGCCCUCAUUCGGAGGAAGGGGAUGUCGCUCCUUGGGAACUGA